UCUCUCUUCAUGUCUAAACCUCUCCAGCCCAGUCCACAUCCUGGUAAAUCCUCUCCAGUGAAAUCACUUGCCUCCUGUAAUGUGGAUUCCAGAGCUACAUGUAAUAGGCUAUGUACAGUGCACAAUUGGAUCAGGCAACGAGGUGACGUGAUAGAUGCUAAGGAUCCAGGGGAACAAGAACAGUCAUCCAAGGUGAAGAAUGAGGAAGAGGAAGCCCUCCUUAUGGAUGACAGGGCUGACUGCAUUGGGCCCUACAAGGCAGAGAGGACCUGAUUGACAGCUGGUUCCAGUGGAUCCAAAAUGGAGAAAAAAGCUAGUUAUGAACAAAAGCUGGGUUAGUGCAGUUAAAGAAAGCCCUGAACGAACAAUCAUGUCCCUGGACAAAAUCCACAUCGACUCCAAUGAGCUGAUUGAGAAGCAGCCCCUGGAUAGUGGAGGAUUUGGAAUGGUGUCUUUAUGCUACAGGAAGAAUCAUGGACUCGUUGUUUUAAAAACAGUGUACACAGGACCACAACGCACAGAGUACAAUACUUCCCUCCUUGAGGAAGGGAAAAUGAUGAACAAGUUGAAUCAUGAUCGUAUCAUAAAGUUGAUUGGAGUUAUUUUGGAAGAUGGCAAUUACUCGCUUGUUAUGGAAUUCAUGGAGAAUGGGAACCUUUUGCAGCUUUUACAAAGUGUACCUAUCCCGUUAUCCGUGAAAGGACGAAUAAUCCUGGAAAUCGUUGAAGGAAUGUCUUAUUUACAUGAAAUGCGAAUUGUGCACAAAGAUUUAAAACCUGAAAAUAUCUUGGUUGAUGCAGAUUAUCAUAUCAAGAUCGCAGAUCUAGGCGUAGCAAUUUUUAAAACCUGGAGUCGACUGACCACUGAAGAGCAAAGGAGAAGGAGCCAAAUGGGCUCAAAGUUGCAGAACAAUGCAGGCACACUGUCGUACCUAGCACCGGAACAUCUGCGCUCACUGAAUACCAAGGCCACAUACAAGUCUGACGUGUACAGUUUUGCCAUUGUAGUAUGGGUGAUCCUGACCAACAAAGAACCAUAUGAAAAUGCACUGAACGAUUCACAGGUUUGCCAGCUGGUUCUCCACGGAGAUCGGCCUGAUAUGGAUGAAAUUCCUACUGAAGGCCCUGGAUGCAUUGUCUGUUUAAUGAAGCUGUGUUGGGAAAAUGACCCCGAGAAGAGGCCAACUUUUGUAGAUUGUGACUUGCAAUUCCGACCAUUCUAUGAAGAACAUCUACAUAAAAAUAUUGUUCCGGAUUUGACCAAAUUAAGAGAAUUGUCGCUGAAGAAACCGACUGCUCCAAGACAGCUAGUGAAAAGAAUGCAGUCUUUGCAAGUGGAUUGUAUCGGUCUAAUGCCGGAAACCCCGACAACAGACGAUCCAAAUUCCUUGCAUAGCUCCCAAGGUAUCCCUGCGAAUGGCAACACUCUGGAAACAGAGUUUACAUCCUGUAAGUUAAGUGAACCUGCUGUGAAUGAGCCUGACAGUGGUAUUUGGCAGGAAAACGACGAUCUGCAGGUCAGAAGAAAACUAAACGAGGAAUUGAAUUACCACAUGAUGGGCAGCCGCCUGGACGCUUCUGUUUCUCAGCGUAGGAUCGAAGAGAUCUUUUUGGAAAGAAGCAAAAGAGUUUCCAACGAGCCGGAUUUCACCAACCAUUUUCCUUGCGUGCUUCCUUCUCAGCGCCUGCCAGACGUGCCUAGUGCAGCGCAGUCUAUGGACUUGUACGGUUCUGAAGAGUCAAACUUUCGUCAGGAGCUCCACAAAACAGGGGAUGCCUCGGGAACUUAUUUGAACUAUGCACAACCUGUCAAGGAAGAAGCCGGUUGGCAAGAUGCCAGUAAAAUAAGUCCGUCAGGAAUUCCUACUGGACAGGGGGGUACUCUGUACAGAACUCCAGUCCAUAUGCCUGUCACUGAGACUGGUAUCCCACAAAUUAGACAACCUGGUAUCUGGACUCCAUAUCAGCACACAGGAAAUAAAACUGAAUCCAGUAACUAUAUUGGGAACGUUCUUCAGAAUCUUCCAAGCCAGUUAGUGCGGACUGAAGCCAACAAGAUGAGUUAUUUUGGCCAAGAAGGUAUAGCAAACAUCUCCAUAAAUAAUGCCAGGGGAGUUCAGGUCGGCAAUAAUAACACGAUGAAUAUUGGAAAACAGGUUUUCAAUACAAAAAAGAAGAGUGGCUCCAAAGUUUCCAGGCAGAUACAAAGUGCUAUGCAAUUUAAUAUUGAUGAUAAUACCCCAGUUCGAGAAUCUCACCUGGACCUGCUCCGGGGAGAGCUGGGCAAAGAUUGGAAACACUGUGCUCGUAAGCUGGGCUUCAGAGAGUCUGAAAUCGAUGAGAUUGAUCAUGAUUAUGAAAGGGAUGGAUUGAAAGAAAAGGUUUACAAAAUGCUACACAAGUGGCAAAUGAAGGAAGGAUCCAAAGGUGCUAGUCUUGGCAAGCUCGCUCAAGCCCUUUGUUCAUGUAACAGAUAUGACCUGAUUCGCAGUUUACAAAACUGUAUCUAAAUUUACUCUGUUCCAAUGUAAGGCAUCUGGCUGGAGCUGGACCUGACUCUUUGCAGCUUUGGUGUCAUAUUUGACCCUGAAAUGAGUUUCUGGUCACAUACCUCACUGUCACUAAGACCACCCAUUUCCACCUCUGAAGUAUUCCUUGAUUGCAGUCCUCUCUCAGCUCAUUCGCAACUUGCCGAAGCUUUUAUCAUCUCCAGACUUGUCCAAUCCGAGUUCGACCAGCCUUCAACUUUCUACCCUCUGUAAACUCAAAAGUUGUCCAACCCUUUACUGUCUAAACUCGCAUCAAGGCCUAUUCCUCUAUCAUCGCUGUGUUCGCUGGCUCUUACUGGUUUCUGUUUAAGCAACGCCUCAUUAGUAAAAUCUCAGCCUUUGCUUUUGCCAAGCCUGCGAUUACUGAGCACACGUCAUAACAUUGGUGUAACCUUACCAUACAACUCCACUAGUGCAGAGACUGAGGUCUUGUGGUCAAGUCCAACAAGUUGGGACCUUUUUGAUUUGGAGGUAAGAAUGAUCGCUUAUGCAUGCGUUUUUAUAUCCUUCGUAAAUCUAAAAUGCAUUUCUAUUCUCAAGCCCUUAGAAGCUUUGACAUCAUUUGCUGACCUUCUCUCUUCUCUCUAGACGUCGGUAAUGAAGUUAUUGUGUAGCAGCCCCAGUUUAAGGCCUUGUUCCUUUGGACAAAUUCUCAGUCAUUUUGUGCCUUUGAAAUUGAAGAAACUGAUCUUCAAAGGUGUGUUAAUGCGGUCAUCGAGCCAAAUUUAGCUUCGCCUUCACACUCCCCCUUCACGUGGCCCAUCUCACUGCCCUGCACCCUCGUCACUGUUUGACCUGCCACCACAGAGCAGGGUGGUAGACAGCUGUUUGUGUGACUGAAGGCUGGUAUUCCGUGACAUACAACAGGGUCGGUACUGGAUCCCUUAUUGGUCACAAUGUGUAUACGUAAAUGAUAAAUGAGAAAAUCAGAGGGAUUAGUAAGUUUGUGAAUGACAGUAAGAUUAGACGGGGAGUUGGUCAGAUGAGCAGAUUAAUGGCAGGUGGAAUUUAACUCUGAAAAGUGUGAAGCGAUGCACUUUGGAAGAAGGAACAAGACAAGGGAGUACUCAUUGAAUGGCAAGACAAUAGGAAGCUCAGAGAAAUCUCGGGAUCCUUGUCCGCAGAUCCCUAAAGUCAUCAGGACAGGGUAAUAGCUGGCUCAGAAGAGAUAUGGGACACUUGCCUUUUUCAGUUGUAGCAUAGAUUAUAAGAGCUGAGAAGUUAUGUUGGAGCCGCACAGGGCUUUGUUUAGGUCACAGCUGGAGUACUGUGUGCAGUUCUGGUCUCCACAUGAUAGGAAGGAUGUGAUGGGGUGCAGAGGAGAUUCACCAGGAUGUUGCCUGGGAUGGAGCAGGUUACAAAUGAAGCGAAGCUGCAUAGGCUCAGGUUGUUUUCUUUAGAGCAGAGGAGGCUGAGAGGGGACCUCAUUGAGGUGUAUAAGAAUUAUGAGGGGCCUGGACUGGAUGGAUAGAAAGUAGGGGCAUAAUUUUAAUGUGAAGGGCAGGAGGUUUGAGGGAAAAAGUUUUCACCCAGACGGUGGUGAGAAUCUGAAAUGCACUGCCUGGGUGAUCAGUAAAGCAGGAAACCUCUCAACUUUAAAAAGUACCUGGAUGAGCAGUUGAGAACAAUCCAGGCUAUGGGGCAAAUGCUGGAAUAUGGGAUUAGUGUAGAUAGGUUGGUGCAGACUGGAUGGGCUGAAUGGCCUUUUCUGUGCUGUAUGACUGUCUGUCUCUCUCUCUCUCUCUCUAUUACUCACUCACUCACUCACUGUCGUGCUCCCUGAGUGAGGCACAGCAACAUCAGGAACACAACAAUGGUAUCAGCAGUGAUGUCAAGCAACAACAAUGUCCUAUUUGAGUGCACGUUGGUAGAGGAUUGUAUUUUCUUUGAAAUCCUACUGGUGGCAUCAUCCCUGGCUGUCUCUGUAAUUUUCUUCAGCCCCAUCACCCUCCAAAAGAUCUGGUUGCUCAGUUCUCAACUCUUGAGCAUCCCUGAUUUUAGCUGUCACAACAUUGGAGGCCUUUGCUCUAGCCAACUAGGCCCCAUGCUCUAGAAUUCCCUCUCUGCUUCUUUACCCUUCAUUCCUCCUUUAGGACGAAUCAACAAAAGUCCUCCUGAUUGACCCCUGCCCUAAAAUCAUGUGCCUUGGGACCUUGUACUACAUUCAAGAUGCUAUAUAAAUGCUUGUGUUGGGGAUGGCUGAUGGUAUGGUCGUGGAACACGUUAAGACUUGCCUUGCUGUUCCAUUGUCUAAACUCUUGAACUUUUGGAACUUUGAAUAGGUCUUUGGACCCUGAACUUUUGCAGUGUUUGUCUUUGAUAUGGAGAAAUGGUGAAUAGUUUAGUCUAUUGUAUAUAGACAGAUGUGUAUAUCAAAGACGCAAAUGUCAUUUUAUAUUUGGGAGAUGACACUCUGACUCACCAAAGACAGAGCAGAUUCAGGCCUGCUGGUUAAUGAUCAGGUGUUUGAAAUUAGUCUGGGCCUGAUUUUGAGCUCAGCCCAGUGAUACAAGCCUACACAGGUAGGCCAGAGGACAAUCAUCUCGACCACCAACCCCCUCUCCAGGAUUGAGGUCCAGGUCGUGGGCCUCAUUGGCAGCAGCAGACCUCAGGGCUGGUUCUGGGAGAAGGCAGUUGCUAAACCUAUGGAGUCAGUGGGAGGGCGCUGGGGUUAGUCUCGCUCCUGGUUCCACAGAUUUUUCUUUAAAAGUAAUCUAAAUCGUCAUCGUAACCACUGAUUAUUUGGGCAUUGAAAACAAGAGCAGGUGGAGGCCUUUCAAUCCCUCUGCUGCUCAGAAAGGUCAUGUCUACAUUUCUGCUUCAGUACCACUUGAGAAUCCGUGUGCUGUUCAUCCAUGUCUGCUAUUAGACAAUCAGUGCUUUAAUGGUGCAUCAGCAGGUUUUAAGCCUUGAGCAAUAUUGCCUCCACAGACGCUUGACAGAUGAUCCCCGUGAAUUUAGUGAUGGGGCAUAGCUACUUUCUCAAUGGGUCACUAAAGCACACUAAACUACAACUGUGCUGUCUCCAUAAUCCUUUCAUAACAGACGCAAUGGGUGUGUCUCUCAUUAUGUUCCACUUAUGAAGGGAAAAAGAGUGUGUGGCAGCAGAGAACCUGCACUUAUCAGAUUAAAGGUUAUUGUGUGGGACAGCCAGGGCAAAAGGCUGUCUUGCCUUCAAGUUGUUUCUCCCCCACAUCUUUCUAAAAAAAACAUUAGAUAUUGUAAGGAAGAUCCAUGCCUUUCCUGUAUUUCAGACACACGUCUGGCUGGUCUCCAACAUUCUAACUUAAAUAAGCCUGAGGCCAUUCAAAACUCUGCAGUCUGUGUCCAAACUCAUACCAAAUACUGUUCACCCCUGUGCUCACUCACUCACAUCGGCUCCCACUAAACAGCGACUUGGUUUUAUGACUGUCAUCCUUAUUUUCAAAUCCCUCCAGGAACUGUGUGUUCCUCAUUUCUGGCCCUUUGACAAUUGCCCAGUGUUAAUGGCUCCACUAUUGGCCUAAACACUGGAACUUGUGCCCUGAACUCCUCUGCCUCUCUUCCCUCCUUUAAGAGGCCCCUUGAAAUCAACCUCUUUGAUCAAGCUUUUCAAAAUUUGACUGAAUAGCUCAUGUGGCUCAAUAACAAACCUUGCUGCAGUUACAUAGCGUUUUGGUAAGUAUUUUGUACAAUUCAGAUGUUUGCACUCAAGUAAUAUCCUUUCUUUCAGAGGCAGUGCAACGAAAGUGCAUUAAUCUGCUUCUUGGGAUGAGGUAGAGGGGAAAUUAAAUUGAAUGGGCUUGUACGCACUUGAAUUUAGAGGUGAGCACUUUGAAACACACAAGAUUCUGAAAGGGCUUGGUGCAGAGAGAGAUCGAUUCCCCGGCUCCAAAACCAGGAGUAGUAGUUCAUUAGUAAAGCAGUGGCCAUUGAGUGAGAAUUGAAAUACUAAUGCCUGAAAUCCUUCACUCCCGUAGAAAUGUGAAUGAUCAACCAUUGAGUGUAUUCAAGACAGAGUUCAAUAGAUUUCUGAAUUCUAACCGUAUCAAGGGUUGGGUUGGGAGAGGGGAGCUGACCUUGAAGAUCAGCCAUGAUCGUAUGGAAUGGUGCAAUAAGAUUGAGUGACCAAUUGGUAAACCCUGCUUCUAUUUCUUAUGGUAACCACACGAGCUGAUAUUUUUGUGCAUUGUGUAUAUAUAAAAAAUAUAUACAUACUAUUAAUCAAUUCACCUGAAUUUUUUAAACAGAAUUCUGGACAGUUUUGUUCAAAAUGUAAUUGUUUGAAGUACUUGAAAAUAUUUUAAUACUAUGUUUGAUUAUAAUAAACAUCAUUGACUUACACUGUUAUAACGUUUUUAACAAUUCUAACAUGAAGACGGCUUUGAAGAGUUUCUCUCCGCUGUUACAGUUUGGAUGGAUUAAAGUUUUACUGUUGU